AUGGAGCCAAUGAGGACGCUUGAGCCGAUGAGGCCGAUGGAGCCGCUGGAGCUGAUGAAGCCGAUGAGGCCGAUGAGGCCGAUGAAGCCGAUGAGGCCGAUGAGGCCGAUGAAGCGAUGGAGCCGAGCCGAUGGAAGCCGCUGGAGCCGCCUGGUGGCCGAUGAGGCCGAUGGAGCCGAUGAGGCCGAUGGAGCCGAUGAGGCCGAUGAGGCUUCACCAAUAUCCAGACACUUUGACCGCAGUGGUGAGGCCAAUCAAGUUUCUUUGAAGCUUGGUUCCAAGUCUGGAAAGCAGCAACUCCCAGAGUCUAGUAGCACAAGCAAGUCAUGCAACCUUGUUUGUUUCGUAGACGAGAUUAGUAACACCGUUUUUGCUCUUUUGACUUUGUUUGCAUCAUUGUCUUUUGAGCCAGUUGUGCAAAUCACCAGAAUGCUUCGCCUUCACUGUUGGAAUAUCCUUCUGGGUAUUUGUGUUGGGUUGACUGUCUUGACCAGUUGUUUUUGCGGAUUUGACUUGACUUGCUUUUUGCUGCUGCCUUUCCGUGAUGGUAGCCUUUGUUUGCUUGAGUCCUUGCUGAUUGUCCUUCUCAAUCUUGCGGCGCAGUGGGUUUGUCUACUGGCCCUGGUGUGCGUGGCAGUCAUGCAUGUGCCUUCUAAGCUGACAGUGUGUCGUCGCUCUCACGUUGUUGUUGUCCGGAAGUCUUUGUGGCCGGAUCUUCUUGGGGGCACUGGUUUGGAGGAAAUUGGUUCCAAGUCAUGGUUGGACAACAUCUUGCAGGGCUUGAAUGCCCGACAACUGAAGCCACCCAUGCAGCAAGUUCGGAUGCUCGCGCAAGAUGAAGCCACUUUGCGGCGACUACAAAAAAGUGAAUCGCUGAAACAUCAGCUUGACAUUAUUUGUGGCGCUGCUUAUAAGGCCAAGUUGUCGUGGAAGAAAAUUGAUCAAAUUGACCCUGUUUCUUCUUCUCUCUCAACUGCUGCCCCGCCGGCUCCUCCUCCUUUGCCUGAAGUGCAAACAUGGAGGUUGCGUGCUCGUGACUGGAAAGUUGUGAAACCAGCAGCUACCGAUGGUGACGCUGUGAGUGGAGAAAGGCAUGAUGCAUUUCGCGAUGUGGCUGAUGGGGACCCUUUGUCGCACUUGUGGUCUCGCAAGUUAGGUGCCUAUUUUGUGUCUGCGGUUGAGGCUACUCGCAUUGUUCGGUCCGUUCCUGCCCAUGCCCCUCCAGUUGGUGUUUUCACUCUUGUCACUCUUGAAGCAACUGCGCGUUCUGAGGUGCAACCGGUCGAGACUAUUGUUGUCUUUCCUGACAAUAGUCAUCACAUUUACAAGGUUUUUCUCACGCACCUCGGCACUGACAAGUUGAGAACUACUGCUUGGACUACGGUAUCGCUUGCUUCGGUUGAUUCUGUUGAAGUGUUGCUUGAAUGGUGGAAAGAUUUGUCUGAUGGAGCUCUGGCUGGCGCAUGGACCGCCUCCGGCCACAAUGUCAGGGCUGAUAUCAUUCGCGUUUCUGUUCGCCUCCCAAAAGCGGAUGCCCUUACCUGUUUGAAAUCGGGAACGCAGCACAGUGCCGUUUUGGUUCGGGAUAUUCACACCAUUCCCGAGGCGAAAGACUUGUGUUGCGUCUGGAUUUCUCCUGGCUGUCCUGUCCUUGAAGGUUCUGCGGCCCACACUCGCCAAAGUUUGCAGUUGUAUUUGGCUAGCUUUGCUCACCCUUGGUCUGUUGUGCGUACUCCUUUUCGUUGGGGGAUCAGGAUCCACAAAGAUCAUGAGAGAGAAGUUAAAGCCAUUGUGCAGCCGCAUGCUGUGUUUGUGCCUGCUGAUCACUUCAAGUAUCGUAUUGCGCAUGUUCCCAGAUCCCUUGAUCCUGCUGUUCUGGUUGCCACUCUGACCUCUGACUCGUUCAAGCCCUACUUGGUUUCGUCUUUCAAGGGAGUUGUGACCAUAGCUGCGCUCUGUCCACCUGCGGACAUUGUGUUUACAAUUGCUGAGCUUGGUUGUACUCUGUUACUUCAGCAUCUUCCUGGUCCUGCCAGUGGUGGUCCUCCUCUUGUCCCGUCCCGCCAUGUUGAAGGUGCGAGCCCAAAGCGAAAGAGUCGGCGAGCUGACUCUGAAAAUGCUUCUGUUGGUCCUGACAAUGACCAUGGUGCUGACACUCGGGGUGGAGCUAAGGGAGGGGUUCUUUCUACUAAUCCGUUUGGUCCUUUGGAUGAUGCCUAUCAAGUUGUUUUUCCGCCUUUGCCCAACGCUGGUGUUGCUCGGGAGCUCGCUUCGACCGAACCUGAGUUUGAGCUUGGAACCCUGCCUAAUCUCGGGAACACAUGUUUUGCGGCUGUGGCUGUCCGUUGUUUGGCUCACAUUGUCAAAAAGUCGGAUUUGCGCUCGUCUGUCCUUCAAGAUGUUUCCUUGAGGCGUUUGUUGGAUGACUUGUCGCCGGCCCAGUGGACGCGCUUCAUCAAACAUCAUCACCUCGAGCAUGGUCAGCAGCAAGAUGCUGCUUUGUGGUUGCAGAAGUGGUUGGACUCUGAGUCGGUUUUGUGUUCGCAUCUUUCUGUCACUGAACAUGUUGCUCUUGAAUGUGUUGGGUGCAGUGAGCCCAAGACAGCUGAAUCAAGUUUUUCUCUUUGGCGCGUUCCCGCUCCCAGUGGCGGCUCUACUUCGUUGCAGAAGCUGCUUGAUGAUGAUCAAUGCUGUUCGGCCAACCCUGAGGUUGAAGUCUCGUGCUCAUGUUGUUUUGCUGAACAUGCGGAAGCUGUGUCUAAGCGUCUUUCUUUGAAUGACUGGCUUCUCAUUCAGACUCUGAGGGCUGAUUCUGCGUCUUCCGGGCAUUAUGUUUUGCUUGUUCGCUCAGGUCACGAUUGGCUGUUGUAUGACGAUGGAACUUGUCGUGUUGCCUCUGCUGAAGACAUCUUGGAUAUGCCUUCUUCCUGGUCGUUUGUGUUGUAUCGUCGGCGUUGUGAAGGAUCGUCGCCGCAGUCUCCUGCUGUUGUUGUUGACAUCGCUGCCUUGCCUGCAUCAUGUGCUGAUGCCGUUCCUUCGUCAAACCCUCCUGUUGCCCACCCCACGGUUGGUCCUUGCAGGGAUGACCGCCCUGACAUGCCGUCUGCUGACAAGCGUGCUGACAGUGUCAAUGAUUCCAGCGGCCCUCUCCAUGCUGAUUUGUGCAGCUUGCUUGCGGUUUUGUCUCAGCGGGUUGAUGCGCUUGAGGUUGAAGUGCAAUGUCUUCGGGGAGCUGGUUCCCUUCAUGAGAAGCUUGUGUCCUUGGCUUGUCCGGGUUCUGGUCCGUCCGUGCCUGUGCGCUCAACUCUUGGCGAUGCUUGUUCUCCCGGUGGUGACCGUCUAGGAGACACGGUUGCGAGCAACCCUGGCUGUGAUGCGGAUAAGCUUGUUGUUGCCUCUUGUCAGGGUCAGACCGGGAUGCAGGCCCAAUCCUUCCCCUGUGGCCCUCCUCCCCCGGUCGUUGUCGAACCUGUUCCUUCGGACGCUUUACCAAAACGGAAAAAGCCAGUCGAAAAACAAAGCAGCAAUCUGUCAUCAAUUCCUGUGGGCUCUUUUCCCCGUUCCACCAAUCCGGCAAUUGUGGCUGAAAUCCUUCGCUUGCAAACUGCUGGCUUUGCUGAAGUUGCUUGGAUUUUUGAGCGCUUGCACGCUGACUCCAUUUUGCUUCCUUUGGCCCAACAGGCGCAAGACGUUGGUGGUUGGAAAAAUCUGGGUGAAGCUUUGACUUAUAACAGUCGUGAAGCUCAAACUCAACUCCAGAAUGAUGGCAUCCAUAGCCCAAGCGUCCGCUGGCUUGUGUUUCGCAUGCUCCAGCGUGGGAGGUAUAAUCGGUUUGCUUCUGUCCUGGCGGCUGGUCAUUGGGACCUCUUGCGUCAGAGUUUGGCUGUGUGCGACGUUCCUGACUGGUGGUCGCCUCCUUGGUGUCGUCCUGUCCAUCGUCCGCAUGCUGCGCAAGCUCGUGGUCGUCGCCCGUUGCUUCCUCAUGAAUGGCAUCGCGCCCAAAGUUCCAAACGCAGUCGCCCCCCUGUUCCUGCUGCUCCUUGUGUUGGUGGCCCUGUCCGUUCGCGCAGUCGUUCCCGUUUUUGCGAUCAAACCUUGCCUGUGCCGGUUGCUCAACCUGCUGUUGUUGGAGCUCGUAAGGUCUCUGUGGCUGUUCCCACCUCUUCUGUGAAGAACAAGAAGAAGCGCAAGGCGAAAGGCCAAGCUGAUGUCAAAGGGGGUGAAACUGAAUCUGGUUCAACUCCUUCCUUGUUUCGGGUUGCUGCUAUGAAUGUGACUUCCCUUUUUUCCCGUGUUGCUGCGGUCUGUGCUCUUACGUUUGGUCUGGCGUGUGUCUCGGAGACUGCUCUCACCGGUACCGGGCAAGCCAGUGUUACUAUGCGACUGCAGCAGUCAGGGCGUUGUGUAGUUUGGGGCGCUCCUGUGCAUGGUCCUGGCGUUUCGUCGUCUCGAGGUGUUGCCUUGAUUGGUGGUCCUGGCGUUCGUCUUUCGCCGCUUGAUCUCCCGGAUUGUCUGUUGGAUUAUUGGGCAGAUGGUCGUAUUGUUGCUGGCAAAGUGUCUCAGCAGUUUGGCAAAGCGGAUAUUACUUGUGUUGCGUGCUACGGUCACGCACAUGAUGUUCAACGGCGAGAAGACAUGCUGAGCCAGAUUGUUGGUUGGGUGCUGUCGUUGCCCGGUCAUGUCCUUGUCGCUGGGGAUCUCAAUUCCUCUCUUCAGGAUUCACUUGCUUUACACCAGCUCGUGCGGCAGGGUUAUCGAACGGCCAAUCCUCAGGAAGUUGUGACAUGCUGUGCUCAUAACUCUCACACGGGUUCCGUUAUCGACCAUGUCCUUUUUUCUCCUUCAUUGUUGCAGUCCUUUGUGUGUGGGGAGGUUCUCUCUGCUGCUCCCUUCCCCACCCACCGACCCGUUUGCGCUGAUUUCGAUUUCAAUCCUGCUCAUGACUCUUGGAGUGUUUUGCAACCUCCUCGGUCUUUCCCUCUUUCCGAGUGUGUCUCCCGUUCUGUUAAGUCCCAGGAUUGGUCUGCUGACUUUAUUCAUGUCUCUAAUCUCCUUGAAGAUGAACGCCCUGAUGAUGCGUAUGCUCUAUGGACCCAACUCGCUGAAUGUGAACUUGCGCGGCAGUGCCGACUUGGUGGAAAAACUGUGUGCUCCUCCCAUUUCGGUCGCGCUGUUGUUCCUGCUCUUAGGGUUUGUGAUCCGCAGUCUCUUCGGCUCCAAGGUGAUGUUGACUUUCGUCGACUUGAACGCGCUCGUGCUGGCUUAGCUGAACUGUGCUCCUGUUGGGAUUCUUGUGUUGCUAACAAUCACAGCCAAGCCAUUUGGACCAAUGCUCGUCGUCGCAUCCUCCUUGUGUUUCGCUCCCAUCCUCUCCCGAGCCAACUCCCUGGCAAGGUUGAAGUCCAAACUCAACUUGAUGGGUUGCGGCGCACGAUUGAUCGGCGCAAUAAACAACGUCGCGAUGAAGUUUUGUCGGCCUGGCGCACUCGCAUGCAAAUGUCGCAGGCUGAAAGAUUCAAAUGGGCUAAGGCCAAAUACACCUCCUGGCAAAACAUUCACGAUACCGCUGCUUGCUUUCGAAAGGUUGAAGAGAUCUGGCAACCGAUCUUGGCUCGACGCCCGGAUGCAGCCCCUUCUUGCCCAUCAAACUUCACCGAAAAUGGUUUUGCUGAGCCUGCCUUGUCUAGCUCUCUCAAAAGUACGUUGCACCAGCUUGAUAUGCUUCGCAUGUCUGGUUCUGAUCUUCGGUCUGCUGUUGACAAAAUUGCGGCUCACUCCGCUUGUGGUGCUGAUGGUUGGCGUCGGUGUGAGUUGCUUGCCUUGCCCGCCUGUUUUUGGGAUCUCUUGGCUCAGGUUUUGUAUGGCAUGGCUGCUUCUGGCACUUGGCAUCCUUGUUUGCGCACGGUUGUGACUACUUUGAUUCCCAAGAAAGCUUCUGUUGACUUUCUGACUGAUCCUGCUGGUUUGCGUCCGAUCUCUGUGGCUUCUGUGGUUUACCGUGCUUGGUCUGGUGUCGUUGCGCAACGUCUGCAUGCUGUUUUGGAGUGUUCUCUGCCAUCGUGCUCUCAUGGCUUUCGCACUGGUGAGUCUGCCCAAGCUGCUAUGGCCUCCACGUAUCUUCGUUGUCAAAAUGCUUCCUUGUCUGGUUGUCAUGUUUAUUUGGUUUCCUAUGACAUGCACAAGUGUUUCGACUCGCUUCCUUGGCGCAAAGUGCGUGACAGCUUGGUUGAAUGCGGCGUGCAACCUGCGUGUGCUAGUGCUCUUCACAGUCUGUGGUCUGGUCUUCGUCGUAUUUGGAAACUCCAAGGUCGUUUCUCUGACGCGUUCUUCUCCAGUACUAACGGCCUGUUUCAAGGGGACCCUAGCGCUCCGGCGUGUUUGUCUGCGUUUCUCUGCUGUCCUAUUCGUGAGUUGGCUCGUCGUUUUCCUGAGGUUUCUAUCUCGCUUUAUGCUGAUGAUGUCCUGUUGUCUUCGCCUCAUCUGUCUCAGCUUCACGCUGCGCAUGAUUUCUUUGUUAGUUGGCUUCAGGACCAGCAUGUCACCUUGAACAUCGGUAAGUGCAAGUGGGCCAGUACUUGUCCAGGCAAUGAUGCCGUGAGCGCGGCUCAUUUUCAAAUUGGAGGCGUCAACUUGGGGCGUCUCACUAUUUUGGAAAUAUUGGGUGGGCAUUUUGAUCUCGGCGCUCUCUGCGUUGGCUCUUCUGCUCACUGGACUGCGUUGUUGGACAAGUUCUUAACCAUUGCCAAACGGUUCAAGUGUUUGUCGGUCGGGUAUGAACCUCGAUCUAGAGAUAUUGGGGCUUUGAUGAAUAUGCUCACUUACUCUGCUAUCGCUUGGGAUCCUCUGAGUGCGGUUGAUGCUCGCACACAGCGCAUCCUUGUCAAUGUGCUCUCUGGUGGUCGCACCAAUACCCGUAGGUGCUUAGAAGUUAGUCUUGCUCUUCUCAGUCCUAUUCAUCGGUCCUCUAUUCCUCAUGCGCUGCUUCAUGAACAGACCAUGGAAUGUCGCCGCAGAGUUAUGUGUCAAUCCUUCGCCCAGGCCUCUGAUAUGGCUGAUUGGGUUUGUCUACUGGCCCUGGUGUGCGUGGCAGUCAUGCAUGUGCCUUCUAAGCUGACAGUGUGUCGUCGCUCUCACGUUGUUGUUGUCCGGAAGUCUUUGUGGCCGGAUCUUCUUGGGGGCACUGGUUUGGAGGAAAUUGGUUCCAAGUCAUGGUUGGACAACAUCUUGCAGGGCUUGAAUGCCCGACAACUGAAGCCACCCAUGCAGCAAGUUCGGAUGCUCGCGCAAGAUGAAGCCACUUUGCGGCGACUACAAAAAAGUGAAUCGCUGAAACAUCAGCUUGACAUUAUUUGUGGCGCUGCUUAUAAGGCCAAGUUGUCGUGGAAGAAAAUUGAUCAAAUUGACCCUGUUUCUUCUACUCUCUCAACUGCUGCCCCGGCGGCUCCUCCUCCUUUGCCUGAAGUGCAAACAUGGAGGUUGCGUGCUCGUGACUGGAAAGUUGUGAAACCAGCAGCUACCGAUGGUGACGCUGUGAGUGGAGAAAGGCAUGAUGCAUUUCGCGAUGUGGCUGAUGGGGACCCUUUGUCGCACUUGUGGUCUCGCAAGUUAGGUGCCUAUUUUGUGUCUGCGGUUGAGGCUACUCGCAUUGUUCGGUCCGUUCCUGCCCAUGCCCCUCCAGUUGGUGUUUUCACUCUUGUCACUCUUGAAGCAACUGCGCGUUCUGAGGUGCAACCGGUCGAGACUAUUGUUGUCUUUCCUGACAAUAGUCAUCACAUUUACAAGGUUUUUCUCACGCACCUCGGCACUGACAAGUUGAGAACUACUGCUUGGACUACGGUAUCGCUUGCUUCGGUUGACUCUGUUGAAGUGUUGCUUGAAUGGUGGAAAGAUUUGUCUGAUGGAGCUGUUUUGGCUGCCUUUGAUAAAUUUGUGAAACUUGCUUCUUCGCCUCUGGCUGGCGCAUGGACCGCCUCCGGCCACAAUGUCAGGGCUGAUAUCAUUCGCGUUUCUGUUCGCCUCCCAAAAGCGGAUGCCCUUACCUGUUUGAAAUCGGGAACGCAGCACAGCGCCGUUUUGGUUCGGGAUAUUCACACCAUUCCUGAGGCGAAAGACUUGUGUUGCGUCUGGAUUUCUCCUGGCUGUCCUGUCCUUGAAGGUUCUGCGGCCCACACUCGCCAAAGUUUGCAGUUGUAUUUGGCUAGCUUUGCUCACCCUUGGUCUGUUGUGCGUACUCCUUUUCGUUGGGGGAUCAGGAUCCACAAAGAUCAUGAGAGAGAAGUUAAAGCCAUUGUGCAGCCGCAUGCUGUGUUUGUGCCUGCUGAUCACUUCAAGUAUCGUAUUGCGCAUGUUCCCAGAUCCCUUGAUCCUGCUGUUCUGGUUGCCACUCUGACCUCUGACUCGUUCAAGCCCUACUUGGUUUCGUCUUUCAAGGGAGUUGUGACCAUAGCUGCGCUCUGUCCACCUGCGGACAUUGUGUUUACAAUUGCUGAGCUUGGUUGUACUCUGUUACUUCAGCAUCUUCCUGGUCCUGCCAGUGGUGGUCCUCCUCUUGUCCCGUCCCGCCAUGUUGAAGGUGCGAGCCCAAAGCGAAAGAGUCGGCGAGCUGACUCUGAAAAUGCUUCUGUUGGUCCUGACAAUGACCAUGGUGCUGACACUCGGGGUGGAGCUAAGGGAGGGGUUCUUUCUACUAAUCCGUUUGGUCCUUUGGAUGAUGCCUAUCAAGUUGUUUUUCCGCCUUUGCCCAACGCUGGUGUUGCUCGGGAGCUCGCUUCGACCGAACCUGAGUUUGAGCUUGGAACCCUGCCUAAUCUCGGGAACACAUGUUUUGCGGCUGUGGCUGUCCGUUGUUUGGCUCACAUUGUCAAAAAGUCGGAUUUGCGCUCGUCUGUCCUUCAAGAUGUUUCCUUGAGGCGUUUGUUGGAUGACUUGUCGCCGGCCCAGUGGACGCGCUUCAUCAAACAUCAUCACCUCGAGCAUGGUCAGCAGCAAGAUGCUGCUUUGUGGUUGCAGAAGUGGUUGGACUCUGAGUCGGUUUUGUGUUCGCAUCUUUCUGUCACUGAACAUGUUGCUCUUGAAUGUGUUGGGUGCAGUGAGCCCAAGACAGCUGAAUCAAGUUUUUCUCUUUGGCGCGUUCCCGCUCCCAGUGGCGGCUCUACUUCGUUGCAGAAGCUGCUUGAUGAUGAUCAAUGCUGUUCGGCCAACCCUGAGGUUGAAGUCUCGUGCUCAUGUUGUUUUGCUGAACACGCGGAAGCUGUGUCUAAGCAUCUUUCUUUGAAUGACUGGCUUCUCAUUCAGACUCUGAGGGCUGAUGUCAAUGAUAAGAAAAAACACACGGCUAUUUCACUCCCCGACACGGUUGUUGUUGCUGAUGCGUCUUGGGAUAUGCACCUUGCCGUGUGUCACUUGGGUGAGUCUGCGUCUUCCGGGCAUUAUGUUUUGCUUGUUCGCUCAGGUCACGAUUGGCUGUUGUAUGACGAUGGAACUUGUCGUGUUGCCUCUGCUGAAGACAUCUUGGAUAUGCCUUCUUCCUGGUCGUUUGUGUUGUAUCGUCGGCGUUGUGAAGGAUCGUCGCCGCAGUCUCCUGCUGUUGUUGUUGACAUCGCUGCCUUGCCUGCAUCAUGUGCUGAUGCCGUUCCUUCGUCAAACCCUCCUGUUGCCCACCCCACGGUUGGUCCUUGCAGGGAUGACCGCCCUGACAUGCCGUCUGCUGACAAGCGUGCUGACAGUGUCAAUGAUUCCAGCGGCCCUCUCCAUGCUGAUUUGUGCAGCUUGCUUGCGGUUUUGUCUCAGCGGGUUGAUGCGCUUGAGGUUGAAGUGCAAUGUCUUCGGGGAGCUGGUUCCCUUCAUGAGAAGCUUGUGUCCUUGGCUUGUCCGGGUUCUGGUCCGUCCGUGCCUGUGCGCUCAACUCUUGGCGAUGCUUGUUCUCCCGGUGGUGACCGUCUAGGAGACACGGUUGCGAGCAACCCUGGCUGUGAUGCGGAUAAGCUUGUUGUUGCCUCUUGUCAGGGUCAGACCGGGAUGCAGGCCCAAUCCUUCCCCUGUGGCCCUCCUCCCCCGGUCGUUGUCGAACCUGUUCCUUCGGACGCUUUACCAAAACGGAAAAAGCCAGUCGAAAAACAAAGCAGCAAUCUGUCAUCAAUUCCUGUGGGCUCUUUUCCCCGUUCCACCAAUCCGGCAAUUGUGGCUGAAAUCCUUCGCUUGCAAACUGCUGGCUUUGCUGAAGUUGCUUGGAUUUUUGAGCGCUUGCACGCUGACUCCAUUUUGCUUCCUUUGGCCCAACAGGCGCAAGACGUUGGUGGUUGGAAAAAUCUGGGUGAAGCUUUGACUUAUAACAGUCGUGAAGCUCAAACUCAACUCCAGAAUGAUGGCAUCCAUAGCCCAAGCGUCCGCUGGCUUGUGUUUCGCAUGCUCCAGCGUGGGAGGUAUAAUCGGUUUGCUUCUGUCCUGGCGGCUGGUCAUUGGGACCUCUUGCGUCAGAGUUUGGCUGUGUGCGACGUUCCUGACUGGUGGUCGCCUCCUUGGUGUCGUCCUGUCCAUCGUCCGCAUGCUGCGCAAGCUCGUGGUCGUCGCCCGUUGCUUCCUCAUGAAUGGCAUCGCGCCCAAAGUUCCAAACGCAGUCGCCCCCCUGUUCCUGCUGCUCCUUGUGUUGGUGGCCCUGUCCGUUCGCGCAGUCGUUCCCGUUUUUGCGAUCAAACCUUGCCUGUGCCGGUUGCUCAACCUGCUGUUGUUGGAGCUCGUAAGGUCUCUGUGGCUGUUCCCACCUCUUCUGUGAAGAACAAGAAGAAGCGCAAGGCGAAAGGCCAAGCUGAUGUCAAAGGGGGUGAAACUGAAUCUGGUUCAACUCCUUCCUUGUUUCGGGUUGCUGCUAUGAAUGUGACUUCCCUUUUUUCCCGUGUUGCUGCGGUCUGUGCUCUUACGUUUGGUCUGGCGUGUGUCUCGGAGACUGCUCUCACCGGUACCGGGCAAGCCAGUGUUACUAUGCGACUGCAGCAGUCAGGGCGUUGUGUAGUUUGGGGCGCUCCUGUGCAUGGUCCUGGCGUUUCGUCGUCUCGAGGUGUUGCCUUGAUUGGUGGUCCUGGCGUUCGUCUUUCGCCGCUUGAUCUCCCGGAUUGUCUGUUGGAUUAUUGGGCAGAUGGUCGUAUUGUUGCUGGCAAAGUGUCUCAGCAGUUUGGCAAAGCGGAUAUUACUUGUGUUGCGUGCUACGGUCACGCACAUGAUGUUCAACGGCGAGAAGACAUGCUGAGCCAGAUUGUUGGUUGGGUGCUGUCGUUGCCCGGUCAUGUCCUUGUCGCUGGGGAUCUCAAUUCCUCUCUUCAGGAUUCACUUGCUUUACACCAGCUCGUGCGGCAGGGUUAUCGAACGGCCAAUCCUCAGGAAGUUGUGACAUGCUGUGCUCAUAACUCUCACACGGGUUCCGUUAUCGACCAUGUCCUUUUUUCUCCUUCAUUGUUGCAGUCCUUUGUGUGUGGGGAGGUUCUCUCUGCUGCUCCCUUCCCCACCCACCGACCCGUUUGCGCUGAUUUUGAUUUCAAUCCUGCUCAUGACUCUUGGAGUGUUUUGCAACCUCCUCGGUCUUUCCCUCUUUCCGAGUGUGUCUCCCGUUCUGUUAAGUCCCAGGAUUGGUCUGCUGACUUUAUUCAUGUCUCUAAUCUCCUUGAAGAUGAACGCCCUGAUGAUGCGUAUGCUCUAUGGACCCAACUCGCUGAAUGUGAACUUGCGCGGCAGUGCCGACUUGGUGGAAAAACUGUGUGCUCCUCCCAUUUCGGUCGCGCUGUUGUUCCUGCUCUUAGGGUUUGUGAUCCGCAGUCUCUUCGGCUCCAAGGUGAUGUUGACUUUCGUCGACUUGAACGCGCUCGUGCUGGCUUAGCUGAACUGUGCUCCUGUUGGGAUUCUUGUGUUGCUAACAAUCACAGCCAAGCCAUUUGGACCAAUGCUCGUCGUCGCAUCCUCCUUGUGUUUCGCUCCCAUCCUCUCCCGAGCCAACUCCCUGGCAAGGUUGAAGUCCAAACUCAACUUGAUGGGUUGCGGCGCACGAUUGAUCGGCGCAAUAAACAACGUCGCGAUGAAGUUUUGUCGGCCUGGCGCACUCGCAUGCAAAUGUCGCAGGCUGAAAGAUUCAAAUGGGCUAAGGCCAAAUACACCUCCUGGCAAAACAUUCACGAUACCGCUGCUUGCUUUCGAAAGGUUGAAGAGAUCUGGCAACCGAUCUUGGCUCGACGCCCGGAUGCAGCCCCUUCUUGCCCAUCAAACUUCACCGAAAAUGGUUUUGCUGAGCCUGCCUUGUCUAGCUCUCUCAAAAGUACGUUGCACCAGCUUGAUAUGCUUCGCAUGUCUGGUUCUGAUCUUCGGUCUGCUGUUGACAAAAUUGCGGCUCACUCCGCUUGUGGUGCUGAUGGUUGGCGUCGGUGUGAGUUGCUUGCCUUGCCCGCCUGUUUUUGGGAUCUCUUGGCUCAGGUUUUGUAUGGCAUGGCUGCUUCUGGCACUUGGCAUCCUUGUUUGCGCACGGUUGUGACUACUUUGAUUCCCAAGAAAGCUUCUGUUGACUUUCUGACUGAUCCUGCUGGUUUGCGUCCGAUCUCUGUGGCUUCUGUGGUUUACCGUGCUUGGUCUGGUGUCGUUGCGCAACGUCUGCAUGCUGUUUUGGAGUGUUCUCUGCCAUCGUGCUCUCAUGGCUUUCGCACUGGUGAGUCUGCCCAAGCUGCUAUGGCCUCCACGUAUCUUCGUUGUCAAAAUGCUUCCUUGUCUGGUUGUCAUGUUUAUUUGGUUUCCUAUGACAUGCACAAGUGUUUCGACUCGCUUCCUUGGCGCAAAGUGCGUGACAGCUUGGUUGAAUGCGGCGUGCAACCUGCGUGUGCUAGUGCUCUUCACAGUCUGUGGUCUGGUCUUCGUCGUAUUUGGAAACUCCAAGGUCGUUUCUCUGACGCGUCCUUCUCCAGUACUAACGGCCUGUUUCAAGGGGACCCUAGCGCUCCGGCGUGUUUGUCUGCGUUUCUCUGCUGUCCUAUUCGUGAGUUGGCUCGUCGUUUUCCUGAGGUUUCUAUCUCGCUUUAUGCUGAUGAUGUCCUGUUGUCUUCGCCUCAUCUGUCUCAGCUUCACGCUGCGCAUGAUUUCUUUGUUAGUUGGCUUCAGGACCAGCAUGUCACCUUGAACAUCGGUAAGUGCAAGUGGGCCAGUACUUGUCCAGGCAAUGAUGCCGUGAGCGCGGCUCAUUUUCAAAUUGGAGGCGUCAACUUGGGGCGUCUCACUAUUUUGGAAAUAUUGGGUGGGCAUUUUGAUCUCGGCGCUCUCUGCGUUGGCUCUUCUGCUCACUGGACUGCGUUGUUGGACAAGUUCUUAACCAUUGCCAAACGGUUCAAGUGUUUGUCAGUCGGGUAUGAACCUCGAUCUAGAGAUAUUGGGGCUUUGAUGAAUAUGCUCACUUACUCUGCUAUCGCUUGGGAUCCUCUGAAUGCGGUUGAUGCUCGCACACAGCGCAUCCUUGUCAAUGUGCUCUCUGGUGGUCGUACCAAUACCCGUAGGUGCUUAGAAGUUAGUCUUGCUCUUCUCAGUCCUAUUCAUCGGUCCUCUAUUCCUCAUGCGCUGCUUCAUGAACAGGUUGCGUUGUUGUUUCGGCUGGCAAAUACCAAUUUGGAAUAUCAACAGCUUUUGCAGUCCCAUUUCCAUUUAUGUUCUGAAAUGACUUGUCCUCCUGCUGAUUCCUUUUAUGUUCGGCUACAACAGGCCCUUCAGGCUUUUGGGUGGAGGUGGGUUGCUUGGAAUCAACUGGCGUCUCAAAGUGGACAAAUGUUUCAUCUAGUCUGCAAGACCAUGGAAUGUCGCCGCAGAGUUAUGUGUCAAUCCUUCGCCCAGGCCUCUGAUAUGGCUGAUGUGAUGAAAACUUUUGCAAGCACACGUUUGCUUCAUAAGAGGGAACUGCAUCAACAUAGCCUUUCAUGCUUGCAUGCUUUGCGAGAUGCCAUGCGCCAUGUGUGUUUUCAGACUGCUAGUCGGCGCAGACGUGACAUGCGCAAUUUGGAACAUGUUGAUCGGGCCCUGUUGCGUCGUGUUCUGGGUUCCGAUGAGGUUGCAUGCAGUAUUCGUUGUAUUAUGCAAGGUGCCACUCUCACUGCUGAUCGUCUGAACCGGUCUUCUCGCGGUACUGUGUCUGCUACUUGUCCGUUUUGUCGCCUUGGUGUUGAAACCGAGAUUCAUCGUUGGUGGCAAUGUCCGCGUUGGGAUUAUGUCAGGUCUUCCUGCUUGGGUGAGCAUGCCCCUGUGAUUUGCGCCCAGCUUGCUGCAAGCGACUCUGUCGCAUCAAUUUGUGGCAUCCCCACUCUGGGUUUGUCAGCUUUUCUACAGUCAAAGUGGGUAGACAUUUGUGCUUGCAUGGCGGCUGUUUUGGGGGCUGCCAAUGAACAUGAUCAGUAA